AUGACAGAUUUGUCAUCUUCCUCCUUCUUUUAUGAUUUGGGGCUGCUACUGUAUUUGGAGGAGCUAAACAAAGAGGAAUUAAAUAGAUUCAAGUCACUCCUAAAGAAUGAGACCACGGAACCUGGAUCCUGCAGGAUACCCUGGUCUGAAGUGAAGAAGGCCAAGCAGGAGGAUUUGGCUAACUUGAUGAACAAGUACCAUCCAGGAGAGCAGGCCUGGGGGGUGGCUCUCAAAAUCUUUGGCAAGAUGAACCUGAAGGAUCUGUGUGAGAGAGCAAAUGCAGAGAUCAACUGGACAGCCCAGACGACACCAGAGGACACUGGGGCCAGAGAGGUACAAGGUGAUCAGGAAGCAGUGCUGGGUGACGGAGCAGAAUACAGAGUUCAAAUAAGGGAAAAAUUUUGCAUCAUGUUAGAUAAGAACUAUUUGCUUGGAGAAUCUGAAACCUUCUGUCAUGAAAUUGCUCAGGAAGGCCGAGAACUGUUGGAACGUUUGUUUGAUGAGGAUGUCAGAACGGCUUGGAAUCAAUCCUGCGACCUAACUACGGUUUGUUGCCGAAAUAUCUCUAAGGUUCUCAUCAGAAGCCAAAGCUUGUUAUCUCUGAAUCCAUCAACUAAUAAUCUCUUGGAUGACAGAGUGAAGAUGUUGUGUGAGGCCUUAAUGCACCCAAAGUGUAACCUAGAGAGAUUAUCCUUAGAAAGCUGUGGGCUCACGGUAGCUGGUUGUGAGGAUCUCUCUUUGGCUCUCAUCAGCAAUAAAAGGCUGACACGUUUAUGCUCGGUGGACAGUGUCUUGGGAGAUAGCGGAGUAAAGCUUAUGAGUGAUGCCUUGAAACAGCCAGAGUGCACUCUACAGAGCCUUGUGCUGAGGCAUUGCCAUUUCACUUCACCCAGCAGUGAAUCUCUCUCAACCUCCCUCCUAUGCAACAAGAGCCUGACGCACCUGGAUCUGGGGUCAAACUGCCUACAGAAUGAUGGAGUAAAGCUUCUGUGUGAUGUCUUUCGGCAUCCAAGCUGCAGUCUCCAAGACCUGGAAUUGAUGGGCUGUGUUCUCGUCAGAGCAUGUUGUCUGGAUCUGUCUUCUGCUAUUUUGAACAACCCAAACCUGAAGAGCCUGGACCUUGGGAACAAUGACCUGCAGGAUGAUGGAGUAGGAAUUCUGUUUGAGGCUUUGAGACAUCCAAACUGCAAUAUUCAGAGGCUUGGGUGA